CACCGAAACCCACCUCCGACCCCGUCCGCUCCCUCCACUACUUCCCAAUCAUUUGCCCCAAAAACUCAAAUCCUGAAAGGGAUCCCGGCUCCCCGCUCCCCCCUCCUGGGCUACAGCUCUCAAAUACCGAUGGCCACUCCCCGUUCCCCAAUCCAACCUCCAGCGUCCAGCCUCACCGCCCCUCCCCCGCCCUCGAUUUCCCCCCGUCCUGGCACCCGAUCUCGCGACCCGUGAUGGCUGCCGGUUCUGCAGGCAAGGAGAACGCUGCUCCUUCUACUUCGGACGCAACCGUUUCGGCUGCUGCGGUGUCUCGGCGGCACGUCUACGCUGUCAAGAGCUGCGGAGUGAAGAAGCGCCCGUCGAGGGCGCGGUUGCUGGGCCGGGUCCCGCUCCGGGACAUCACCAACCUGGUUCAAACGAGCUUGGCGGUCGCGGGACCUGAGGCUCCUCUCGGGCAGGAGGUUUCGCCGGCUCUGGCGACGUAGUUGGCCAAGCCCGAUGUGGUGCUGCGGCGGUGUUGAGACUAGCAGCACUGCUGGAUGGAGUCGCUGCUGCCCCGGCGGCUAAAGCGGACAGAUACUCCCUCCGGAAGGGGUUCAGCUAGGCGCCCACUGUACAGUAUAGAACAGUUCUUGCUUCGUGGCCCAAUUUCUCUUCGGUUUUGGUUGCAUUCGAUUGGACUGGAUUGGUUGGUUGAUCCUCUAUUUUCUGUACUCUUCUUGAUAGACUGAGUUGUCCCCAGGGGAAAAUAAGAUAAAUUG